GCAAUGCGGAGCCGGAGUUGACUACUGUAGUUUUGUUGUGUGAGGCAGCGAGGCCGUCGUACAGGACAGCUCCUGUCGUUCAGAAAAGCAUUUCAUUCAUUUGAACUGAACAUAAAGUGGAGGGUCACGAAGGGCAGUUUGCUUCUCAUCCAGGCAGAAGGAAUACAGUUUCCAGUUAUUUCAUCCCAGCGUGUAUCGCGUGACGAUUUUCUAGUAUAAACGUAAGGAAACGGAGCGGGACAGACGAGGCAUCGUACCGGGAAUGCGAACACCAAAGCUGCGGCUCUCAGAAAUGCAUUUAUCAACGAAGACAAUCUUCUGACAGAAAAGUGUGGGCGAUACACAUUCUAUUCGUGGGAAAAAACAUCGAUGAUAUCUUCGACAGACUUGGCACCCACUCUACUUAUCCUGGAUUGGUAACCAGAGCAAGGCGUCAGGAAUGCCCACUGUCCUCACCCUAGCUGGGCUGUUUCUGGUCAUAUCCGUCCCAGUCGCCAGGGGCGACGCUGAGCUCAGGUUCCUGGGGCAGACGCACUUUGUGGUCAACGAGACCAGCCGCACGGUGGUCCGGCUGGUGGUGGAGAGAGCGGGGGACCCGAUCAACGUCACGGCGCUGGUGCUGCUGGAGGGAGAUGACACUGGGGACUUCGAGGCCACGACGGCCGCUGCAUUCCUCCUAUCCACAGAGACCAACAAGACCAUCUUCAUCGCUGUGCGAGAUGACGACUUGCCUGAGGCGGACGAGACUUUCACUUUCACCCUCAAACUGCAGAGUUCCUCCAACGGCGUGACAGUGGGGACGCCCAACACUGCCACCAUCACCAUCCUGUCCAACGACAAUGCCUUCGGAAUCAUUUCCUUCAACUCCUCCUCCCUGAUCACGGUGAAUGAACCCCGCGGCAGGAACCAAUAUGUGCCUCUCAGUUUGAUUCGAGAAAAGGGGACCUACGGAAGUGUGACUGUACACUUUGAGAUUGUCGGAGGUCCAAACCCAGCCAGUGAAGAUCUCAGCCCGGAUAAGGGGAACAUCACCAUACCGCCUGGUCGCGCUGUGGUGGUCUUCAGCAUCCUGAUACACGACGACCAGCUCCCUGAGGACGAUGAGACCUUCACCGUCCAGCUGACGGACGUGGCGGGAGGGGCACUGAUCAACCCCAACCGCAGCAGCGUCCAGAUCAAGAUCAACCGCAACGACAGCCCCCUGCGCAUCACUCAGACCGUGCUGGCGGUCCCGGAGGUGGCGGGCGUGGUCAACAUCACCGUCACCCGCGGGAGGAAUGAGGAGGGCCGGCUGGUGGGGUCGGACGCCGGCGAGAUCGCCAUCGACUACGCCGUCGUCAGCGGCAACGGCACGGCCAGCGCCACACUGGGCUCCGACUUCCAGGACCUGCAGGCCAACCGCACGCUGGUGUUCCCCGCCUACGUGUAUGAGGCCCAGCUGAGGUUCGCCAUUGUGGAUGACGUGGAGCCUGAGAUCGCCGAGUCCUUCCAGGUGGUGCUCCUGGAGGACACGCUGAGGGGAGACGGGGUGCUGCUUCCUCCGGGCGUGGCCCAGGUCACCAUCGAGCCCAACGACAAGCCCUACGGGGUACUGUCCAUCAGCAGCACCCUCCUCACUCAAACCGUCAUCAUCAAUGAGGACUCCACCCUGAGGUUCGAUGGCAUCUACAUCGUGAGGAAUGGCGGCACCCACGGUGACGUCUCCGUCAACUGGACGAUAUCGCGGAACAGCACCGACCGCUCGCCUGUCACCGACGACCUCCGCCCCCCCGCGGGGACACUCCAGUUCGCAGCCGGCCAGAUGUCUGCCGCCGUGCCCCUGAACGUCACCGACGACGCCCUGCCGGAGGAGGCCGAGGCCUUCAUCUUCAGGCUGCUGCCUGGGAGUGUGCGUGGGGGAGCCCAGGUGGAUGACCCCAUGGAGAUGGUGUUCUACAUCCAGGACAGCGAUGACGUGUACGGGCUCUUCCGGUUCCACCCGGCCGAGGAGCAGCGGAUCCAGAGCCAGCCGUCCGGCCGUUUCCUGUCCCUCAGCUUCCUGCGGGAGAGGGGCACCCUGGGGGAUGUCCGACUGGGUUUCACUGCCCUCUACAUCCCCGCCGGGCUGGUGGAUCCCACCCGAGCCCGGGACGGUGUUCUCAACGGCACCCGGGCCAACAGCGUGGUCUUCUUUGAUGGCCAGUCCCUGGUUCGGCUCACGCUGCCUAUUAGAAACGAUGCCUUCCUUCAAAACGGAGCACACUUUGUAAUCCAGCUCGACAGUGUUGACCUGGUCAACAUCAACACCCCCAUUCCCCCAGUCAGUCCCAGGUUCGGGGGGGUCCUCAACAUCUCCCUCAGGGUCACCCAGGACAUUGCUAAUGGGGAGAUCGGCUUCACCACCAACCAGACUGUGGUACUGUAUGAACCGGAGGACAACAGCACCAAUCUGAUCACUCUCCCGCUCCGGCGAGAUGGAACAGACGGCCGGGCUGUUGUGUUCUGGAGUCUGCGGCCUACUGGCUUCAACCAGGAUGAUGUUACCCCCAAUGACCUGGGACCCUUCAGCGGGUCGGUCACGUUCCUGUCAGGAGAGAGCGAUGCAUCCAUUAACAUCACCGUCUACGCUGACGUCAUCCCGGAGAUCAACGAGACCAUUCUCCUCACCCUAGACAGGACAAAUGUGGAAAACCAGAUCCUGAAACCAGGGUUCACCAGCAGGGAGAUUGUCAUUGUGGAGAACGAUGACCCGGGAGGAGUUUUUGAAUUUUUACCACGCUCCAGAGGCCCUUGGACAAUCAACGAGGGCGAGACCGUGGAGCUGAGGGUUGUCCGCUCCCAGGGCCAGCUGCUGAGCCAGCUCGUCCGCUAUGAGGUCAUGCCCAUGGGCAACACCGAGUUCUACGGCGCAACAGGCAUCAUGGAGUUUAAACCGGGCGAGAGGGAGGUGGUGGUGGCGCUGGUCGCCAGGCCAGACGGGGUUCCAGAGCUGGACGAGACAUUUUCGGUGGUCCUGAGCAGCUACAGCACCCCUCCCAGCCGCCUGGGCACCGCCAGGGAAGUGAACAUCACCGUGCGGCAGAACGAUGACCCCUUUGGUGUCAUUGAGUUCAUCCGCCCAGGGCUGGCAGAGGCCAUCAAUGAGAGCAAAGGCCUGGACUCUCAAUCAGCGUCCUACCUCAUCGUGAGGAACAGGGGUACCUUUGGGGAGGUGUCCGUGUUAUGGGUUCUGGAGCCCCGCCUCUCUGGAGAUGUGUCCCCAGUCCAGGGCUCCGUGGUCUUCAGAGAGGGAGAAUAUUCAAAAAACCUCACACUCUUCUCCCUCCCAGAUGAGAUACCAGAAGACACAGAAGAUUUCACAAUCACACUUCUCAAUGCUACUGGUGGUGCAAGACUUGGGAACGUGCUAAAUGCCAGCUUGCGGAUUAGGAAAAAUGAUGACCCUAUUUAUUUUGCAGAACCUGUGGUUGUGAGGGUAAGAGAGGGAGGUGUGGCCAACUUCACAGUUCUGAGAGCUGGGCCAGCUGACUUCAUCGCCACUGUGAUGUAUCAGUUCACCUACGGUGACACGUCACCCGGCGACUUCAUUCCCCAGAGUAAUGACUCCAUGCUGGUCUUCAGCUUCGGGGAAUGGAUGAAGAACAUUUCUGUUGCCACCGUGGAUGAUGACAUACCUGAAACGGACGAGCCCUUUUACAUCAUUCUUUACAAUGCCACAGGUGAUGCAGUGGUGUACGGUGCCACCAUGGCUACGGUGGUGAUCGAGGCCAACGAUGAUGCAAACGGCAUCUUCUCCCUGGAGCCAGUGGCAAGGGCCGUGGAGGAAGGCAAAUCCAACAACUUCUAUGUUGUAAGAGACAGAGGUCCCUUUGGCAAUGUCACGGUGUACUGGCAACUGUUUGCCAAUGACACUGCGCUAGAACCAGGACAAGAGUUCGUCAAUGUGUCUGGAUCCAUCAUUUUCACCACCGGAGAGGUGACCAAGCCCAUUGUCCUUCAAGCCAUCUCCGACAAGAUGCCUGAGUUCAACGAGUUCUAUACUCUCAGACUGAUGAACGUGUCAGGGGGCUAUCCAGGGGACGGCGGCCGCCUCGCCAUGACCAAUCUUAGUGCUUCUGUCCUCAUCCCCUUCAACGAUGACCCCUUUGGGGUGUUCGCCAUCGACGCAGAAAGCCUGGACCGGGAGGUGGCGGAGGACGUGCUGUCUGAAGACGACAUGUCCGACGUCACCAGCUUCACCAUCCUCCGGCAGCAGGGCACCUUCGGGGUGGUGCGGGUGGCCUGGGAGAUCCUGUCAGACGCCUUCCCCCUGGGCCUGCCCCCGAUGGACGACCUCAUCCUGAGUGGGUCCUUCCCCCCAGCCGUGGACCCCAGGCCUCACAUGAGGAGGCACCACUCGGCCACCGACGCCCUGUUUUUCUCAGGGCUCCCUGGGGCCUAUGGCACCAUCGGCCCUGACAACAUUUUGGGGGACCCCCAGGGCCUGGCUAACUUCACUUUCUCCGCCUGGCUAAUGCCCAGCCCCAACACAGAUGGAUUUAUCGUCUCCAAGGGCAGUGCCAACGGGACUCUGUUUUACGGAGUCAAGAUCCAGACCAACGAGUCUCAUGUCACGUUAAUGCUUCUCUACAGCGCUGUGGGUUCCAACAGUACCCAGGUGGCCAGGGCUACCGCCUCCAAGUUUGUGGAGGAUAACGUGUGGGUGCAUGUGCUCAUUGCCCUGGAUGAUGGGAUUAUCGAGUUCUACCUGGACGGGAAUCUCAUACCAGGAGGGAUAAAGAGCUUGAAAGGGGAAGCCAUCUCUAAUGGCCCGGUGCCGGUUCGGAUUGGGUCCAACCCCGCUGGAGAGGAACGGUACACGGGCCUGCUGCAGGACGCGAGGCUGUACUCCAGCAGGCUGAGUCGGGCCCAGAUCCACGAGCUCCACGGCCAGCCGGCCAAGACGGACCUGCGCAACGUGUCGGGGUACCUGGAGUACCGGCAGGACGAGAGGCGGAAGUCGUUCGUGGUGGAGGUGCGGGACGACCUGGAGGAGGAGGGCGAGGAGACCUUCUACCUGCAGCUGGUGGCAGUGCACGGCGGCGCCAGGCUGCCCGACCCAAGGCCCACCGCCAUGCUGCGGGUGCAAAAGAGCGACAACGCCAACGGGCUUUUCGGCUUCACCGGGGCCUGCAUCCCUGACACAUCUGAGGAGGGCUCCACCAUCUCCUGCGUGGUGGAGCGUACGCGCGGCUCCCUGGACUACGUCUAUGUAAACUACACCGUCUCUCAGAUCGACUCGGGCAGCUCCGCCUCCCCGGCCUCCGCGGACUUCGCCAACGCCACCGGCGCCGUCCUCUUCCUGCCCGGACAGCGCUCCGAGGUAUUGAAUUUGUUGGUCCUGGAUGAUGAUGUUCCUGAAUUUGCCGAGACAUUCCGCGUCACUCUGGUUGCGGCCGAGUCUGGUGACGGGAAAGCAGGAUCCACCCCCACGAGCGGAGCCAGCAUCGACCCGGACAACUCUGCCACAACUGUCACCGUCAAAGCCAGCGACCAUCCCUAUGGUCUGCUGCAGUUUUCGACAGUGCCCCUGACAGAGGGCAUGAUCCGGCCUGCCACAGAGGAGGCGCACAUCACCGUCAUGGAGGAGGCUGGGGAGAUCCGCCUGCUCGUGGCGCGAGCUCAGGGCCUGCUGGGACGGGUCAUGGUGGGCUACAGGACAGUGCCACUCACAGCUGUCAGCCCACAGGACUAUGAGGACACAGAGGGUGUGUUGGAUUUCCUGCCCGGAGAGCGACACAAAUACAUCAGCGUGACCAUCAUAGAUAACCCCGUACCGGAGCUUGACAAGGUGUUCCGAGUAGAGCUCUACAACCCUGACGGAGGAGUCGAUCAGCUCAUUAGAAGUGAGGGCAGUGGCAGUGGUGAAGGUGAAGCUGACUUCUUCCUCCCGUCUUUCCACCAGCAUGCCAGCCUUGGAAUUGCAUCACACAUCACUGUGACCAUCGCCGCCUCUGACGACGCCCAUGGCGUCUUCCAGUUCAGCAAGGACUCCCUCAAUGUCAACGGGACCGAGCCAGAGGAAGGCCACAGCUCUGUCGUCAUGCAGGUGGAGAGGUCUUUUGGGGCCCUGUCCAACGUGACGUUGUUUUGGGAGGCUGACCCGCGCUCUGAGGAGGACCUCGUUUACAGAACCGGAAACGUGACCUUCGCCGUGGGCCAGACCAAGGCGGACAUCGUCCUGCGCGUGGCGGGGGACGACAUCCCCGAACUGGACAAGAGCUUCAGCGUGAUCCUCUCCAAUGUGUCCCACGGCCGCCUGGGCAACCUGACGAACGCCACGCUGACCGUGCUGGCCAGCGACGACCCCUACGGCUUGUUCGUGUUCUCGGAGAGGAGCAGGCCCGUCCGCGUGCCGGAGGCUGAUGCCGACGUCACCCUCACCAUGCAGAGGCAGCGGGGGCUGAUGGGCUCGGUCCGGGUGACAUACGCCACCCUGAAGGAGAGCGACACCCCUUCGGUCAUCACACCAGGGGUCGGCAGGGCCAGUCCGGGUAGCGACUUUGUCGCCCUGAUGGGCUCUGUGACAUUCGCAGCCAAUCAAAGUGAAGCGAACAUAACCCUUCGAGUGCUGGAUGACGAGGAACCCGAGAGGGCAGAAUCCAUCUUUGUGGAACUCAUCAGUGUUCAGCUUGUCAAAGGAGUCCAGGACAGACCAAUCGCUCUCUCACCUCGCCUCGGCCCGAGGAGCGCCUCGGUGGCGCAGGUCAUCGUCGAGGCCAGUGACGAUGCCUUCGGAGUCCUGCAGCUGUCCUCCCCCGCGGUGAGCGUGGCCGAGCACUAUGUGGGCCCCAUCGUCAACGUCACACGUGUUGGCGGCAUUUUCGCCGACGUGUCGGUCAAGUUCCGGGCGGUGCCGAUGACUGCGAGGGUCGGGGAUGACUACAGCGUGGCCUCGUCUGACGUAGUCCUCCUGGAAGGCGAGACCAGCAAGCCGGUCCCCAUCUACAUCAUCAACGACAUCAUCCCCGAGCUGGAGGAAACCUUCCGCAUCGAGCUGCUCAACCAGACCACAGGGGGCGCCAUGCUUGGCACGCUCACUGAGACUAUCAUCACCAUCCUGCCCUCUGACGACCCCUGGGGCUCUUUUGUUUUCCAGGCUGCUCCUGUGACAAUGGAAGAACCAGGUUCCAACCCCAUUGAGAUUAGCUUACCCAUCGUGCGAAACGCUGGGACAUUGGGCCAAGUCUCUGUGCGGUGGAGGGCCACUGUCAAUGGGCAACUUGCUGUGGGUGACCUUCGACCCGUGUCUGGGGAGGUCAGCUUCGCUCCUGGUGAAACCAUGAAGACCUUGAGAGUGGAGGUCUUGCCAGAUGACGUUCCUGAAAUCGAAGAGAUCAUCCGCGUGGAGCUGACCAGUGCUUCAAACGGAGGGAGCAUCGGGUCAGAAAGUUUUGUGAAUAUCAUCAUCCCAGCUAACGACAACCCCUAUGGAACAGUAUACUUUGAGCAGUCCGUGUAUCGUGUUCAGGAACCACUGGAGGGAGCCUACAUCGCCAACGUUACUGUCAGGAGGAGCGGGGGAAAUUUUGGACGCCUGGAGAUCCUCUACCGCACCUUGGAGAUUGAUGUUGUCAGCACUGCUUUGACAGAGGGGCAGGAUCUCCUGAUAUACUAUGAACCACCAGCAAUGGCAGUGCCCUCUAGCGCCUCCCGCAGGCCGGUCAACAUCACGGGCCAGAGGCAGCCUCUGGUGGCCUGCGCUGCUUUCUGCCUGCGAGAGCGAGCCUGCCGGGCCUUCUCCUUCUCAAACACCUCCGGAGCGGUCACCUGUGACUGGGUUAGCGAGGGGGCCGGCCAGAUGACCAGCUCACCGCGGUUCCUCACCUAUGUCAAAAACGCCACCGCCACAACCUCACUCUUCAGCUCACAAGCCGUUGCCGGGAGCGACUACCUGUCCGUCACUGCCCAGACAGCCGUCAUGCUCGAGGGGGCGGGAAUCGCUAACCUCACAGUGCCCAUCCUGACCGAUUCCCUCCCGGAGGUGGAUGAGAGCUUCAUGGUCCAGAUCCUGAAGGUUGAUUUGGUCAACCUAACCACCCUCGCCAAGAACCGACCCUCGAUCGGCCAGCCAGACACAGCAGUCGUCACCAUAGGCAUGAACGGGGACGCCUUUGGGGUGUUCCUCAUCUACAGCAUCAGCCCCAAUGCCACAGAGAAGGGCCUCUAUCUGGAGGUGAGGGAGGAGCCUCGCACCUCGGUCCUGCUGGUCAUUGAGAGGAGAGGGGGCAGUCUGGGUCAGGUGACCGUUGAGUGGAAGUUUGUGGGUGGCACUGCCACACCCAAUGCUGACUUCAAUGGGACUGGAGAAACGCUCACCUUCAAAGAAGGUGACCUGAGGAAAGUCAUUGAACUCUUCAUCGUGGACGAUACGGAGCCCGAGGAUAACGAGACGCUCCGGAUCGGGCUGGUGAAGACCGAGGGCGGCAGCCGCAUCCUCCCCAGCUCUGACACCGUUACCGUUGUCAUCCUGGCCAACGACCACGUGGCCGGCAUGGUGGGCUUCCACACCUCCUCCCGCUCAGUCAUCGCACGAGAAGGAGAGCGGCUGCAGCUACUCGUGGUCAGGACAGGCCCGGGACGGGGGAAUGUCACAGUGGACUGGAGCAUCCAGGGCCCUCGCGUCCUGCAGACAUUCACAGCAACCUCUGGAGUACUCUUCUUUAGUGAGGGCUCACUGAACGACACCGUAGUGCUGCAGCUCCUCGACGAUGCCGCUCCUGAGGACAAGGAGGAGUACAGGGUGACCCUGUCUAACAUCCGGACACAAGGUGUCAUAGUGACAGGGAUAGCUGUGCUGGAUGUGCAGGGCCGGGAGGCGGUGGUGACAGUGGAGGCCAGCGACGAGCCAUACGGGAUUCUGAGUAUCGCCCCGUCCUCUCUCAGGGUGACUACGGAAGAGAAGAACGUCACCUUGAAGAUCUUCAUUAACCGGGAGUUCGGAGCCUCAGGGGUCGUGAAUAUCAGCUACGAAACAGUGAGAGGGUCCCUCCAGGACCUGACCAUCACAGAAGGAGCCCUGGCUGACCCAGGCCAGGACUAUGUCUCUGUGUGCGGGUCUGUGCUGAUGCAGGACGGGCAGACCUCUGUGGCCAUCCCCAUCAUCAUCUUAGAUGAUGACAUCCCAGAAUUGCAGGAAUUUUUCCUUGUCAAUAUCACCUCUGCAGUUCUCAUCACGUCCCUUGCCUCCCCUCCCAAAUUAGAUACGCAGGGCCUUGUGGCGGAGGUCAGCAUCAGUGCCAAUGAUGGGGUCAGAGGAAUCAUCGAGUGGCAAAGCACACACUUUGAAGUCAACGAGACGAUUGGAGUCCUCACGCUGGUGGCGUACCGCAAUAGAGGGACCUACGGGAACGUGUCCCUCUUCUUUUACGCUCAGAACCUGGAGGCGCAGCAGGGCCUCGAUUUUAACGCCACGUCGUCGAUACUGCACUUUGCUGAUGGAGAGCGGCACAAGUUUAUUGAAGUGCAGAUCUUUGACGAUAACAUACCUGAGGGGGAUGAGAAAUUCCAGCUCAUUCUGGCCAAUCCUUCAUUUGGACUAGAGCUGGGACACAAUACUACAGCCACUGUGACGAUCCUGACCAACGACGACGGCCGCGGCGUGAUCUCCUUCAACAACAGCGAGCAUUUCUUCCUGCAGGAGCCCACCUCGCUGUCAGGCCUGGGUCAGAGCGUGGCCACACUGUACGUGGUGCGCGACCCUCCCCAGGGCACCUUCGGGACCGUCAGUGUCCAGUUCGUCAUCACUGACGUCAAUGGGUCCCUCUCCACAGGGGACCUGAUGCCCUCCCAGGGCUUUGUAGUCCUGGAGGACGGAGUGAGGUUCAAGACCCUGGAGAUCUGGGCGGUGCUGGAUGAGGAGCCAGAGAUGAACGAGACCUUCACGGUCACCUUGUUCAGCCCUGCUGGAGGGGCCCGUCUGGGGGACAACCUGCAGACGAUGAUCACAGUCCUCCAGAACCAGGCCCCCCUUGGACUCUUCAGGAUCUUCCCCUCCGAUAACAGGACGGCCUCCGUGACCGUGGAGGAAGGGAACAGGACCGUGUAUCUCACCGUGUCCCGCAGCAAUGGGCUGGAGACCGCAGUCAGCGUAGAGUGGGAGGCGCAGUCCAACACAGCCUUCGGCAUGAAGGGAGAGCUCCCAGUGCUGGCUGUGUAUCAGAGCCUCCAGGAGAACCUUACUGCAGGCUGGUGUGAAGUCCCAAACAGGGAUGUUCCUCUGGCCCUGAGAAUGGGGAGGACCCCUGCUGGCAGCUCUUCCCAGACCCUAGCCACUCUCUACAGGUGGCAGGGGGUGUUUGUGCCAUUGGAGUUUGUGCAGAUCUUGGGCCCAAGAAAAUGUGUGGGCUUUGUGAUGAAUGGCACCUCCUACACUGCUGUCACUCACGGGGGACGGCCCGAGUCCGGCGCCACUAAUGUUAGCCUGUUCCGACUGCAACCGGACAUGAAUCUCACACUGGAACAAACCUUGACUGUUGAAGCUCAUGACAUUAGAUAUUUCUCAGUGGGAAGUAAAGCCUAUUUGAUUGCUUCCAGUCAGGUCUUGGUUGAGACAGGGGGCAGAUUUGUGCCCCAUCAGAACCUGGGACUUCAGGAGGUGUUGAGCCUCUCUCUCUUUCCUCGAGGGAGCACCCUGUAUCUGGUCAUGUCCAUCAGGAGAACGAAUGACAGCUGUCUCCUGUACCAGUGGAGUGACGGACAAUUCCGGAACCCACAGCCUCUUCCCAUUGCUGAGCUGGUUAAACAAGUCGAGUCCUUCCGCAUGGGAGGCAGUGUCUACUUACUGCUCAUUACUGAAGGGCCCAGCUCCACAUGCGAAGUGCUCGUGUGGGGCCCCGGAAAUUCCUUCUUCCAGCACUCUCAGUCUAUCCUGCUCCCUGGGCUGGUCUCAGCUCACAGCUUCACACCUCCCUCCGGGAUCACCCACCUCUUGCUGGCUGGAGGUAACGGAUCAGCUCUCUACUCCUGGAGGUCUGAUCUGAACCUCUUUUCUGUGGUGUCGGAGCUGCCCCCUGCCCAGCAGUUUCUGUCAAUCCCAGUCACUGAUCUCAACGCCACAAAGAGCCUCAUUGUGGCCACUGGGGACUCGAGGUCCAUCAUUUAUGAACUGACAUCUGUCUCCAACCAGUCUGACUUUAUACCCAGUUUUGGGGAGUUGCGCUUUGAGCCAGGAGACGCCGCGCUGGAGAUAGCUGUAAAUGUCCUUGAUGACACCACCCCGGAAGAGGAGGAGUCCUUCCGGGUCAGAAUCAAGAACCCUAAGGGAGGGGCCGAGAUUGGCUUCAACAGUCAAGUGACUGUGGUCAUUCCACCCAAUGAUGAUGCUUAUGGAAUUGUAGGCUUUGCUCAGAGCUCAUUAUCCAAGGAGGCUGAUGAGCUGGGAGAGGACAACCUCAUCUCUCUGACUGUUGAGAGGAAGAGAGGGACAUUUGGGAGACUGACGGUGCAUUGGGCUGCCAAUGGAAGCUUAGCCGAUAUCUUCCCCACAUCAGGAGUGGUGACGUUCUCAGCGAGCCAGGCUCUGGCCGUUCUCUCUCUCACGGUGCUGGCGGACAAUGUUCCAGAGAUGGCGGAGAAAGUCACCAUCACCCUCACCGGUGUCACCACUGUGGGGAUUGAGGAGCAGUGGAGGGGUGCUGUCAUAGAUCCCCAGAGGGCUUACGCCCUGAUCACCAUCCUGCCCAACGGAUCCCCCUAUGGGGUGAUCGGGUGGCACUCUGACUCCCAAUACGUCCUGACACAAGAGCCCCAAAGGAGGCCAACCAAUAUCACGCUGACCAUCGUGAGAGAGCAAGGAUUCGUCGGGGACGUGGAGGUCCGCUAUGCGACCAGACCCGCCCUGUCCCGGCUGCCCACCAACCAGGCCACCGAGAACGAGGACUACGUGGGGAAGGAGGAGAUGGUGGUAAUGAAGGAGAACAUUGAGAGUGUCCUCGUCACCAUCACCGUUUUGCCCGAUGACAUCCCCGAGCUUGCAGAGAGCUUCCUGGUCAACAUCUCCAGCGUGCGGCUCCUGGGAGGUCCCCAGGGGGCGGGGCAGCCCAGUGUGAGGAGGGCGGGCAUGGAGGUCGCAGAGAUCACCAUCCAGGAGAAUGACGACCCCAGAGGGGUUCUCCAGUUCAAUGUCUCCAAGGAUCCAUCAGGUGCAGUGCUGGCCUACGAGGUCCCUCCCCCAGGGAACCUUCUCCAAAUACCUAUCGUACGAUUGGCUGGCAGGAUUGGAAGAGUGGUUGCCUUCUGGGAGGCUCAGCCAAUCCUUGCCAGCCAAGAGGACUUUACCCCUGCUUCAGGAAAUAUCACAUUUCAAGAUGGAGAGGGCAUGGGCAUCAUUGAGAUCACCAUCACCGACGACAAUGUGGUGGAGACCCUUGAGACAUUUACCGUGACCCUAAUUCGUGUGACGGGAGGAGCCAGACUGGGGAACGAAUCCGAAGUGACAGUCAACAUCCCCCCCAAUGACUCGCCGCUGGGCAUGUUUGGAUUUAAGGAGCAAACAGUGACCAUUACCGAGCCGCAGUUCACAGGUGACCCCGCUGCCGUGGCAACGCUUACAGUGGUGCGCAGUCCCGGAGGGAUGGGGGAGGUGCACCUUGGGUGGGUCCUGGAGAGCGCAGCCAGGGACGACCUGACACCCCUCAAUGGCACUCUAAUCUUCAGCGAGACUGAGUCUCAGAAGGUCGUGAUGCUCCGUGCCCUAGCUGACACUGUCCUGGAGGGAGAUGAGAGAUUCACUGUCCAGCUCCUGUCCAUCAGAGAUGAGGCGGUCAUCGAUCCCAUGCAUGGUGUGGCCACCAUUGUGAUCCUGGGGGACCGUGGGGCCUUGGGCACGGUUGCCAUUGCGGAAUCCUCUCGGAACAUUCUGAUCGGAGAACCGCAGGGAAGUUACAAUGGGACUGCUGUAGUCAGCCUUGUUCGAGGUCCCGGGAUCUUUGGCGAAAUCCUGGUGUACUGGAAUAUCAUUCCAGCCGUGAGCUCAGAGUUCGAGGAGACCUCUGGCGUGGUGACCAUGAGAGACAGGCAGUCUGCUGCCACCAUCAGGCUAAAGGUGCUGGACGAUGACGUCCCAGAGGAGCGGCGCAUCUACCAGCUGGUCCUCACCAAUGUGACGGGGGGGGCAGACAUUAGCCCGUCCGGCAGGCAGGCCACCGUCACCAUGGCAGCCAGCGACUUCCCGUACGGCCUCUUCUCUUUCGCCCAGGCCUUCCUGCAGGCCUCUGAGGAGCAGAGGACGCUAAACGUGACGGUGCUGCGCUACAUGGGCACGUUUGGCACCGUGUGGCUGUACUACGAGACGGUCAGCAGUGUGGCGGUCAGCGGGUCGGACUUCCUGCGCACCUCCGGGCGGCUGCUUUUCGGGCCCAGCGUCGCCGCCCGCUGGGUCUCCGUGGAGAUCCUGGACGACGCCCUCCCGGAGGGACCAGAGGAGUUCUACCUAAACAUCACCCGGGUGGAGCUCCUGAAUGAUAGUAACUGGGACUUCACGGUACGGGAGCAUGGGCUGCAGCUCGACCAGCCCCCGGCAGUAGGGAAUGUCUCCGCCGUCACCAUUGUCAUUCAGAAGAGCGACAACGCUGAGGGAAUCUUGGAGUUCGACCCUGAUUACGUCAACAUGACCGUGGAGGAGGAUGUGGGCACUAUUGUCAUCCCUGUUGUGAGAAGGCGAGGGUCAUAUGGACAGGUCACGGCUGACUUUAUCUCCCGCGGCCUGACGGCAUUGCCCGGCCUCGAUUACAUCCUUCCCAACGGCUCCGUCACCUUCAGCCACGGGCAGAACCUCAGCUACAUCAACGUGUCCAUUGUUGAUGACCCGGAGAGGGAGUACAGUGAGACAUUUGAGAUCCAGCUCUCUGGAGCCUCGGGAGGCGCUGUACUGGGAGCGCAUCUUGUUGCUCGGAUAACCAUUGCAAAGAGCGACUCCCCUAGUGGCAUAGUGCGCUUCCUCAAUCAGAGCCUAACCAUAAAGAACCCCAACAGCACCAUGAGGCUUACGCUCGCACUGGAGCGAACGGGGGGACUCGUAGGAGAAGCCACGAUAAAAUGGAACAUUCUAGGUCCCAAUUCAAACGAGGUUUUGCCCUCAAUAAACACAGACAUUGGUGAACCUGUGAAUGGAUCAUUCCAUUUCAGAGAUGGGGAGGGGGGACUCCGAACCAUUGAGCUGACGAUUUUGCCCCAUGGAGAGGUGGAGGUUGAGGAGACUUUCGUUGUCAUGCUUGGCCUCCUCUCAGGGGACACAGACAUUGACCCCCGGGCAGGCAGUUUUGCACUCACGAUUGAGAAGUUUGGAGACCCCAAUGGUAUAGUGCAGUUUGUUGACCAGGAUCUGAUAGAGCGGACCUACAAUGAGCCCGAUGACAUGGAGGGACCUCUCAGCAUCUCCCUCAGAAUCACGCGCAGGGAGGGCGUCAUGGGCAACAUCACAGUCUUCUGGGUGAUCCUCAGCGACUCCGACACCACGGGCGACUUCUCCGCCCUCCGGGGCUCCGUCACCAUCCCGGCGGGCCAGAGGAACGCCGAAGUCCGGCUCCUCCUCCUGCCGGACAGCGUCCCAGAAUUGGAGGAGGUGUACACGGUCCGGCUCAGCUCGGUGGAGGGAGGGGCGGAGCUGGACGCCAACAGGAGCAGCGUCCGCGUCAGGGUGAGGGCUAAUGACGAGCCCCACGGCGUCUUCGCCCUGUACAGCGACCUCCAGGCCGUGGCGGUAAGCCCGGGCAACCAGAGCCGCCACAUUGCCCUCAACAUCACGCGGCACGCGGGGGCUUUCGGCAAUGUCUCGGUGGAGUACCGGAUCACCGCCAACGGGCUGGGCCCGGGCCAGGACUUCCUGGUGGACACAGUUCUGGGAAACCUCCUGGUGAAAGAUGGGGCGAGCUCUGCCAGCGUCACAGUGCCAGUCAGUAAGCAGGUGUUCUUUGCCACUGGCUUCAGUUUCUCCGUUGAGCUAAUGGAGGUGAGCCUCGUAGGGCUGCUGCUCAGCUCCCCCCCUCGAAUUCUGCUGGAGGCAAAGACAGCCAUUGUGACUGUCCCAGAAGAAGCUGCUAAUUCCGAGGUUGGGUUUGAGUCUCUGACACUGGAGAUCUCCAGUUUUGAAAGUGGCCACUGUGAGGCGCUGGUGUUCAGGAGAGGACUUUAUGGGGAUGUUGAUGUGGACUGGAGGGCAGGGUACCCUCCUGGGCAGACUCCAGUGGGCUUCCAGCAAGGCCAGAUCACACCCAAUGCAGGAAUGGUCAGACUGCUCCACGGCGAGAGGAACAGGACGGUGUCUCUCACCGUUGUGACCAAUGUGUCCAGCCCUGAGGCUUUUGCGGUCCACCUGGCUGCAGCUCGCUCUGAUGCACCCGGGGGUGCACGACUCAGGUCUGGCUUCACGGUGGCUGAGGUGGAGCCCCUGGGGGUGUACCAGUUCGCUCCAGACUCCCGGAAGCUGGUCGUGGAGGAGGACGUACAGACCGUCACCCUCUACGUCCAGCGCCUGUUCGGUUUCCGCAGCAACCGGACCCGGCUGACCUACGAGACGUGGGACGGAAGUGCCAACGCGGGGGUGGACUACGUGGCGGUGCGGGGCGGGGAGCUGCUCUUUGAUGCCCGCCAGAACUCUGCCGCCAUCCCCCUGUCCAUCCGCGACGACCAGCUGACCGAGCAGGACGAAACCUUCUACGUGAACCUGACCGACGCCCAGGUCCUGAGCGGGUCCCCGCCCUCGGCCCGCGCCCGGCCGAGGCUCCUCCCCCAGUUCAGCGUGGCGUCCAUCACCAUCCUGGCCAACGACGCGGUCAGCGGGUGGCUCAGCAUUGGGCCGGCGCUGGUGCGGACGCCUGAGGACAGGCCCAAUGGCACGCAGCAGCAGACCGUGACCCUGAGGGUCCGGAGGACCGCGGGGCACGCCGGAGCUGUGCGCAUCGGCGUCCGGGCCUACGGGGGAGGGAGUGCGGCCGCCGGACCCGAGGGCAUCCCCUUCACUCCGGACCCCAACGCCACGCUGGCGCUGGAGGGCGAGGACUUCCUACUGGAAUCUGGUUUCGCGUCGCUGCAGGACGGCCAGGUGGAGGCUGAGGUCACCCUGGUCAUCCUGGAUGACCUGGAGCCUGAGGGACAGGAAGUCUUCUUCAUCUACCUCACUGACCCCGAGGGCGGGGCACAGAUCGUGGGGAUGCCAGACGAGCAUGGGUUCACUUCCUUUGCCAAAAUUAUUAUACUGGGAAGUGACCUUCAGAACGGCAUUGUGGGAUUUAGCGUGAGCUCACAGACCGGGCACGUGCUGGACGAGGACUCAGAACAGAACAGAACUGCCAUGCUUGUCUUACAAAGGCAAGAGAACAGGGUCUUCGAGGACGUCACUGUGUUCUGGCGAGUGACGUUCAGCACAACCAGCCUGUCCCUGGUGAGCAGCGGGGUCAACCUGACCAAGGAACUCGCCUCCACCUCCGGGUCGGCCCUGUGCCGGAGGGGAGAGGUCCUGUGUGCCUUCGCUAUCGAAGCCAGGCCAGACCAGGAGCCGGAGUACGAGUCCUGGUUCCUGGUGGAGAUCUACCAGGUGGGCGCGGGGGCAGCCAUCAAUGAGAGCGCCCGUUUCGCCAACGUGACGGUGCUGGAGAGCGACGACCCGCGGGGGCUGGUGUACUUCGCGGUGGGCUCGCGGCUACCCGUGGUCCAUCAGAAGUCCACACGGAUCAGCCUGCAGGUGUACCGGCAGGCCAGCACCGCCGCCGCCGCCUCUGUCCGCUACCGCAUGCAGGAGCUGCCGAAGGCCGAGGCGGUGGGCCCCACCCUCGUCUGGCCCGCAGUGGGAGGGAUGGACUUCGUGAUGGACGAGGGGGCGCUGACCUUCGACAUCGGGCAGCGGAGCGCCGGCCUGGACGUCAUCCUCACGCCCGACUCCGCCUCCUCCAACCCGCCCCCCAAGCGCUUCCGGGUGCUGCUGUCGGACGCCACCGGGGGCGCCCGGGUGCACCCGGAGUUCGGCGUAGCCAAUGUGACCCUGGUGUCGGACACAGAGACGCAGGCGGUCUGGGCCCUGCUGGACCAGCUGCACCAGCCUCUGGACGAGACCGUCAUCGACCGCGUGUUGCAGGGUCUGCUCAACAAGGUCACGGCCGAGGUCACCCGGGAGCAGCUGACCGCAGUUCUGGAUGCAUUAGGGAAGGUGCUCACAGAGGCAGAGAAGACCCCCCUGAAGGACAGCAGCAGGGCCCUGACCUAUGACCUCCUGUGCGCCAUGGCCAACCCCAGCCGGGCAGACACCCGUGGCCUCAGUCAGCUGUCCGAGGUGGAAGAGCGCUUCGCCCUGUCCCUUGUCACCGGUGCGGAGUGCGGUGCGCAGGGUCAGAGGGGCAGAACCAUCUGGGACAGCUGCCCCUUCUUCACCAUCGCGGCCCAUCACUGGUACCCCACGCAGAUCAACGGGCACACCUUCACGGGGACGAACUCCGACACCUUCCGGCUCCCCGAGGGCCUGCUGGAGGUGCCAGUGCCAUCCCCGGGCGGCGUCUCACCGUCUGCCUGCCGCAUGGUGCAAUUCACCGAGUACAGCACUGAGCACUGGUUCCUGACCAGCAGCAAGCCUGUCGCCCUUAAUAACAAGGUAUUUUCGGUCAGCCUCAAGGGUCGUGGCUCUCGCCCCCUUUCCAACAACAACGAAGUGGUCUACCGCAUCCACACCCCUGACCGCCGCAUCAAGCCUCGCCAAUCAGUGUGCCUUCUGUGGAACCAGGCUGCGGAGAGCUGGCUGUCGGACGGGCAGUUCUGCCGCGUGGUGGACGACAGCGGGUCCUACGUCGAGUGCGCCUGCUCCCACCUGUCUGUCUACACGGCCUUCGCCGAGACCGACACCCUCUCCUCCUACAACGAGGCUUUCUAUGCCUCCGGCUUCAUCUGCAUCUCAGGGUUCAUCUUGGCCAUCGUGUCCCAUGUGCUGUGCUCCCGGUUCCCCAUGUUUGCUGCCAAACUCCUCGCUCACAUGAUGGUGGCCUGUCUGGGGACCCAGAUCUGCUUCCUGGUGUCGGCUUUCCGGGGCCGGCUGCUGUCGGACGACAGCUGCGCCGCCCUGGGCCUCUUCUCCCACUACUUCCACCUGAGCCAGUUCAGCUGGAUGCUCAUCCAGGCGGUGAACUUCUGGCAGGUGCUGGUGAUGAACGACGAGCACACGGAGCAGCGAUACCUGCUCUACUUCCUGCUGAGCUGGGGCCUGCCGGCGCUGGUCAUCGUGGUGCUGGUCAUCGUCCUGCUUGGCGGCUACAGCUGGAACAUCCACAGCGUCUACGGCCUGGUACAGGGAGACCUGUGCUUCAUCCCCAACGUGUACGCCUCCCUCUGCACUGCCGCACUGGUGCCCCUCAUCUGUCUGGUGGGCGUCUUCGUGGUGUUCAUCCACGCCUACCAGGUCACCCAACAGUGGAAGGCCUACGACGACGUCUUCAGAGGACGGACGAACAGCACAGAGGUGCCGAUGGUGCUGAUCCUCUUCUCCUUGGUGUCCGUGGUCUGGCUGUGGGCAGGACUGCACAUGGCCUACAGAUACCUGUGGAUGCUCAUUCUCUAUGUCAUCUUCAACUGCCUCCUGGGCCUCUAUGUCUUCGUGGUGUACUUCAUCAUGCAUAACCAGCUAUGCUGGCCGGGGAAGGCCAGCUACACCGUGGGGCUGAACGGACACGGCAGCCCAGACUCCGCCUUCCAGGCCGGGGGCACACCCACUGUAGGCGGCGACAUCAGCAAGUCUACCCAGAACCUCAUCAGCGCCAUGGAGGAGGUCUCCGCAGACUGGGAAAGGGCGUCUCUGAGGCGUAGCAGCCAGCCCAGCGGUGGGUUUAAGCAGGGCCCCCAGAAUGGCACAGCAUAUACCACCCAGGGGGGCUUCAUCAACACCACCUUGACGACCGACGAGGAAUCCCAAGAGUUCGAUGACCUCAUAUUUGCCUUAAAGACCGGUUCCGGCCUUAACGUCAGCGACACGGAAUCCAUCCAUGGGAGUCAGGACGGUGGCAGCGUGGCCAACUCCCAGAUAGUGGAGCUAAGGAGGAUCCCCAUCGCAGACACACACCUCUAA